CCACUACGGAAACACAGCCUUAAACUCCAGUCAUUUUCUGGUGAAUAACAAUCCUUCUCCUCAAUCAUUGCGCAAGCUUAUAAAUGUCGAGCAAGCCACAGUAAAUUUCAGGAUCACUCAUUCCACUCUAUCCCGUACAACUUUACACAUUUUCCACAUGGCGCAAAAGACCGGGAAAGUCGAGCAAUUGCUGCAACGGCCGCUUUAUGUGUUCGACCUGCCCGAAGAGAUCUUAUCGACUCUCACCCUCAAAGACCAACCUGCACAGAUAACUCCAGACACUCCUCCUCAAAUACCGACACCUGCAAGCGAGACCUCCGAGAAACCAGACACUGAAAAUGGACCCGCGAAAGCCACCGCAUGUAACCUGUGCGGUCUCACCUUCCCGUCGGUUGCGGCGCAACGAGAUCAUGUUCGAUCAGACCUCCAUGGCUAUAACUUGAAGCUCAAACUGAAAGGCGCGAAGCCGGUCAACGAGGAUGAAUUCGAGAAGCUUGUUGGCGAUCUAGACGAGAGUAUAUCUGGCUCAGAUAGCUCGGAAUCCGACACUGAAGAAAAUGAAGAGGACGGCGGGAAAGCAAAGGACAGCACAUUGAGCGCACUCCUCAAGAAGCAAGCGAAGAUAUCAAAUCCAGAGUUCGAUGAGUUCGCGUCGAAGAAGAAGCAGCGUGGAGCUGGGAAGCCGCCUUUGUUCUGGUUCACAUCCCCGCUAUUGCCAGAGAAUACAUCGUUGGGGGUAUAUCGCGCAAUAUUCUCGGAUGCAGAGCAAGAGGAGGAAUCACACAUCAUCGACACAAUACGCAAGAAACAGCUCUCGCCGAAAUCGAUCCCAAAACUCAACCCUGACGGCGGCGUACCAUUACCGAAGACUGAUGUCGGACCGCACUUCUUCCUUUGCAUGAUCGGAGGUGGCCACUUCGCCGCCAUGAUUGUCGCGCUUGCUCCUAAGACUGGAAAGAAGAAUGGAAUCGAUGAGCGAUCGGCAACCGUCAUUGCACAUAAGACAUACCAUCGAUACACGACUAGAAGAAAACAGGGAGGCUCGCAAUCGGCAAACGAUGCCUCAAAGGGCAAUGCACACUCCGCUGGUUCCUCGCUCAGACGAUACAAUGAGGCUGCCCUGACAAGCGACGUCCGCAACCUGCUUCAGGGCUGGAAAGAAUUGAUCGAUUCAGCAGAUCUGGUCUUCAUCCGAGCCAGCGGUGUAACAAACCGACGUACCCUAUUCGGACCUUACGAUGGCCAAGUGCUACGAAAUAACGACCCCAGGAAUCGGGGCUUCCCUUUCAACACUCGGCGCGCGACUCAAAAGGAGCUGAUGCGAGCUUUUGUGGAGUUGACUCGGGUCAAGCAGAGCACGAUAGAUGAGGCCGCUCUGGCUGCACUCGACCAAUCCCAAGCCAACGAGGCACCCGCUGCCAAACCCGCCAAACCAAAGCCACAAAAGCCAUCGAAAGAAGAGGAAGUCGCCAUGCUACACACCUCACAGCUAAUCCCACUCAUCAGGCGAUCAAAGGUGCCCGCGCUGUUAAACUACAUAAAGACUAACGACAUUCCUCCCACCUUCAGAUUCUCCCCAGAGAACCAUCAUGCACCGACCCCUCUGCAUCUCGCUGGCUCCACAAGAUCGCCCCUCGUCGUCUCUGCCCUGUUGACCAAAGCCAAAGCCGACCCAACAGUCUUGAGCGACGCAGCCCACACACCGUACAGUCUGGCCGCCGGCGACCGAGCCACCGAGGAUGCAUUCCGUCUGGCGCGGUUCGAGCUCGGAGAAGCUGCCUGGGACUGGGAGAAAGCCGGCGUGCCCUCGCCGCUUUCGAAAUCCGAAGUCGACAAGCGGGAUGCAGAAGAGAAAGCAGCAAAGGCCGCCGAGGACAAUGCAGAGUCUGCUAGGAGGAAAGCCGAGACAGAAAGGUUGAGGAAGGAGAGCAGGGCGGAGGAGGAGAGGAAACUUGAGUCGAGGAUAGGGAAGGGGAAGACGCUGGGAGCGGCUAUGCAGAAGACGGGUGCUGAGAAGAGAGAAGAGGAUGCACGCGGCCUGACUCCCGAAGCCAGAGCUCGAUUGGAGAGGGAGAGGAGAGCUCGUGCGGCUGAGGAAAGGUUCAAGCGAAUGCAGGGCAACUGA